AUGAAGCGUUUUGUGCUGAGGUGCCCGGGAUCGCUCCACUUGCUGGGGCGUUCAGGGGGAUCGGUAGUAUCAAGCGGAUUGGGCACGUCGGGAGUGGACCUAUGUCGAGAGGGGAGGGGCUUCCCCCGGAGGAGGCACCUCCAGGGAAUACACACCAAGGCCAUAAAGGAGGCGUCACCCCCGGAAGAAGAAUUGGACGAUCGAGUGAUGACCCAAAAUAGUGAAACGAUAAUUCAACGGUACAGGCAGUUUAUAGAGGCAAGGCGGGGGGAGGGCAAGGUACAACUGGACAAGGGGGAGAACAAGGGGGAGGACAAGGGGAAGGGCCACGUGGGUUCUUCCUCCAGACGGGAGAUGUACGAUCCGCUGGGGUGCGCUUCAGAAGUGGAUGCCAAAGUGGUUCACGACGUUGGUGCUGAAGUGGUUGACGAUGCUGGUGGCGGAGUUGGUGCCAAAGUGGCCACUCAAGGGGCCGCCCCCGACACGGUGGACCAAAAGUACGUGAUUCUGAAGAAGCAGAUCUCGAAGGAGUUUAUCCACCAAGUGUUCCUCCCCCACGUGGAGUCACAAAUUAUUUACCACCUGAAGACCUACACGCCGAACCAAAUCGUAAACAUUUUUCACAUAUAUUCCUACCUGUACUACUACGACCAGAAGAAGGAAAUGGUGGAGACUCUGUUGGAUUAUCUGGAAUACCGACUGGACUGCUUCAGUGUGCACGACGUCCUCCUAGUGUUGGAACCCCUCUAUCUCCUGAACCGUACGAACAAUUUUAACAUCUACCGCCUAAUCAUUAACCACCUAGACAGGAUAAAGGAAAAAAUGAACCUAUACAACUACAUUGGUGUGUCUAGGGUGUUCACAAAAAUACUAAUAGACCUAACCUUCGAGGAGAAGGAACUGAGGGAGAAAAAUAUUUUGUCACGUCUGUGGUACCAUUUGAAGCAGAGCAAAUUCAGGAAGGCCAUUCCUCCUGAGCAGAGGAAAAUUUCUCACUGGGACUUCCUCGUUGGAUUUAUGUCCGAAGUGGUUGAUCACGUGGAGGAGCAGUUGCGUCUUCUCUCUGCUAUUGAGCUGACCGACCUGCUCAGCGUCAUGGCCAACUACUCUCUCAAGAGUGGACAUUCCAGGUAUGACGUGGCCCUCUUGGGGGGGGAACAAGGUAGCCAAAUGGAAAGCGGAAACGGGAUGGAGACCGCCCAAUGUGGGGGUAACCCCGGUGAGGAGUCUACCCAACAGGGAAGCAAAGCAUCGCAUCACCCCCCCCUGAAGGUUCACUCCCUGAGCAGCCAAAACGCCUUCCUCUUUAAAGAAAAUAUCGUGUCUUUCCUUAUCACGAACGAACUGAAGUGCAAGUACCAGGACCUGAGCACGCUCCACAAAAUAACAAACCUGCAUAACCUAAGCAAGCUUUUCAUCUACGAUGAGGAGUACCUCCAAAUGGUGGAAGCUGACCUGAACAACUACCACUACACAAGCAACAUUCAUCACAAGUAUCUGUCCCUUCUAGUGUGGUGCCUAUUCAAGUAUAAAAGGUUAGACAAGCAUAUGACCCAGCUCAAGCCAGUCAUCCUACACAACGUAGACCAUUUCGAUGCGAAAGAUUUUUCCAGACUAUGUCACGCCAUUCGCGAGGACAAGCAAACGCUAAUCAGCAUAGCCAAUAAUUUGACUAGCCAAAUUGAGGAAAUGCCUGUAAACGAUUUUUUGUGUUACCUUUAUGCGGUUGUUUGUCUGGAUUUGUUGCCAUACGGUCAGGGUGCAGCAUUAACAAGGGAGGUGCAGCAGGAAGGGGGAGAAGACGCAUCCACGGGGAGAAGCAACGCAACAGAAAGGAGAAGUACCCCUGUUGAAACGAAUAACAACACCCUGUCCCUCCUUAACAAAAGCACCAUUCUGCAAAAAUGCACCAAGUACAUCAAUGACAAGAAAAAAAUUUUAGGAAAAAACGAAAUGACCAAAAUAGUUUUGCUGUUGAAGAGGAAGAAGGGGGACAAGUACCUGUACGUGCUGGACUUGCUGCCCGAGGAGUGGAAGGGCAUCCUCCAUUUGAUUAACUGA